GGCUGCCAGAAUGGCUCCCGUUGAGUGUGCAGCACCAGCGUGUGUCAUGUCUUGGCUGCGUUUCUGGGGCCCAUGGCCCCUCCUUACGUGGCAACUAUUGCAUUUCCUAGUCAAGGAGGCUCAGCCUCUGGUGCGGGUCAACGACCCGCUCCAGCUGACCUCUAACCCCAUGGGGCCACCUGAGCCCUGGUCUUCCCGCUCCUCCCAUCUCCCGUGGGAAUCUCCCCAUGCACCUGCCCCUAGCAGCCCCGGGGACUUUGAAUACCUGGGGCCCUCUGCUUCUUUGCAGAUGUCAUCCCUGCCCCAGGAAUCGACUGAAAAUUUGGCUCCAUUCCUGGACACCGAUUCAGCUGGAGAGCUGCCCCUGGGACCAGAGCAGUUCUCGGCUGCCCAGCAGGAUUUAUAUGACAAGCUGACUCCACAAGAAAGGCUCCCAGAGAUGGUUCCACUGCUGGAUGGGGAUCAGAACCAGACCCCAGUUCAGCUUCCUCGCCUCAAAAAUAAGCUUCAAACUGCAGAUCUAGAUCGGGCUGCAGGUCAUCAGGCAGAUGAUAUACUUGUUCCACUAGAGAGUAAGGUUUCAAAACCAACCAAAUUUGUGGUUUCGCCCAAGAACCUGAAGAAACAUCUAGCUGAGCGUUGGAGCCUUGCUGAGAUUACUGGGAUUCCACACCAAUUAUCCAAACCUCAGCGUCAGAAACAGACUUUUCAGGAUGAAUAUUCCAGUAUGGACACACUGUAUCCUGGCAGCCUGCCUCCAGAACUCCGGGUGAACGCAGAUGAGCCUCCAGGGCCACCUGAGCAAGUUGGACUUUCUCAGUUCCAUCGAGAGCCCGAAACUCAAAAUCCAGAGACCCUGGAAGACAUCCAGUCCUCUUCACUCCAGGAAGAAGCCCCAGCACAGCUUCCACAGCUCCCUCAGGAGGUAGAACCUUCAACCCAGCAGGAGUCCCCAGCUCUGCCUCCAGAGUCCUCUAUGGAGAGUCUAGCUCAAACUCCACUGAAUCAUGAAGUGACAGUUCAACCUCCAGGUGAGGAUCAAGCUCAUUAUAACUUGCCCAACAUUACCAUUAAACCUGCAGAUGUGGAGGUUACCAUGACAUCAGAGCCCAAAAAUGAGGCAGAAUCUUCCCAAGCCCAGAAGGAGGCCCCAAAUCAGCCUCCAGAGGAGGUGGAACCUUCUGCAACCCAACAGGAGGCCCCAACUGAGCCGCCAGGUCCUCCCAUGGAGCCUGAACUUUCCCCCAGUGAGCAGGAGCAGCCAGCUCAGCCUUCUGAGUCUUCUGGGGAGGUUGAAUCUUCUCCAGCCCAGCAGGAGGCCCCAACUCUAGAUCCCCCUAAGGAGGCAGAACCUUCUCCAGUCCAGCAAGGGUUCCCAGCUGAGCCACCAGAGCCCCCUAAGGAAGUAGAACAUUCAAGGCAGCAAAUGGUCCCAGUUCAGCUUCCAGAGCCACCUAAGGAAUUUGCUGCUCAACCUCCAGCUCAUUAUGAGGUGACAGUCCCAACACCAGGCCAGGAUCCAGCUCAGCAUUCAACAUUGCCCAGUGUCACUGUUCAACCUUUGGACCUGGGACUUACCAUCAUUCUAGAAUCCACGACAGAGGUUGAACUUUCUCCAACCAUGCAGGAGACCCCAACUCAGCCUCCUAAGAAAGUUGUACCCCAACUUGAAAUAUAUCAAGAGGUAACAAUUCCAACACCAGGUCAGGAUCGAGCUCAGCAUCCAAUGUCACCCGUUCAACCUUUGGACCUGGGACUUACCGUCACUGCAGAACCCACUAUGGAUGUUGAACAUUCUACACCCCUGAAGAGGACUAUAGUUCCUCCAAAGCACCUUAAGCUGACAAUUCCACAUCCAGACCAGAUUCAGACUCAGCAUUCACACCUGACUGAAGCCACAGUUCAACCUCUGGACCUGGAGCUUAGCAUAACUACAGAGCCUACUACAGAGGUUAAACCAUCUCCAACCACGCAGGAAACCUCAGCUCAGCCUCCAGACCCGGGACUUGCCAUAACUCCAGAACCCACUACAGAGAUUGGACAUUCCACAGUCCUGGAGACUACAGCUCCUCAUCCAGACCAGGUUCAGACUCUGCAUCGAAGCCUGACUGAGGUCACAGGUCCACCUACAAAGUUAGAAUCUUUGCAGGAUUCAUUGGUGCAGUCUGAAACUGCACCAGAGGAACAGAAGGCCUCCACAAGCACCAACAUAUGUGAGCUCUGUACCUGCGGAGAUGAGACUCUGUCAUGUGUUGAUCUCAGCCCAAAGCAGAGGCUCCACCAAGUGCCUGUGCCAGAGCCCAACACCUACAAUGGCAUCUUCACCACCUUAAAUUUCCAAGGAAACUAUAUUUCAUACAUUGAUGGAAAUGUAUGGAAAGCAUACAGUUGGACCGAGAAACUAAUUCUCAGUGAAAAUUAUUUGACUGAAUUACAUAACGAUUCAUUUGAAGGCCUGCUAUCCCUCCAGUAUUUAGAUUUAUCCUGCAAUAAAAUACAGUAUAUUGAAAGACGUACAUUUGAAUCACUACCAUUUUUGCAGUAUAUAAAUCUGGGCUGCAAUUUAAUUACGGAACUGAGCCACGGAACAUUUCAGGCCUGGCACGGAAUGCAGUUUUUACACAACUUAAUUCUCAAUCGCAAUCCUCUGACUGCUGUCGAAGAUCCAUAUCUCUUUGAACUGCCGGCAUUAAAAUAUCUAGACAUGGGAACAACGCACAUCACACUUACAACGCUCAAGAACAUUCUCACGAUGACUGUUGAACUGGAAAAACUGUAAGUUAUUUUUUUCUUAGAUUUAUUUUUACUUAGUUGUUUUUUUAGGUUUGUUUUAUUAUUUUCUUAAGUCAGGUUUAUUGAGAUAUAAUUUUCAUAUAACAUUCACCCUUUAUAAGUGUAUAGUUUGAUGAGUUUUGACAAAUGUAUAGUUACAUAACCACCACCACAUUCCCAGUAUAAAGCAUUUCUGUCACCUCAGAAAGCCCCCUCAUUUCCCUUUGUAGGCAAUCCCUUCCUCCCACCAUCAGCCCCUGUUAGCUACUAAUCUGAUUUCUGUUCCUAUAGUUUUGUCUUUUUCAGAAUGUCUUAUAAAUGAAAUCAUGUAGGAUGCAGCCUCUUGUGUUUGACUUCCUU